GUUUUGUCUUUAUUCUAUUCUACCUUUUAACUUCUCUGUUUUUCAUUACACAUGAUGAUUCCAGUCAUCUCUAUAAGUAAUCAAUCAGUUGACGCCGUCUCAAUCUCCUUUUCUGGCUACACACUUUCUUCAACGGUAAAUCCCUCUCUGCACUUCGUCUCUGUUAGGGAUUAAUCUUUUCCGCGCACCAAACAGCCAAAGUCAAUUUUCUUCUCUCUUCUAAGACACACCAAUGCCAGAGAAGAAGAACAAGAAAGUUUCUUUCACCGAAGAAGAUGCUGUUACGCUCAUGCAGAGGUACGACGCAACUACGGUGUUCACUUUACUUCAGGAAGUGGCGCAUUACCCUCACCCCAAGAUUGAUUGGUGCGAGUUGGUGAAGAAAAGCGCGACUGAGAUUUCUAACGCCAGAGAAUAUCAAAUGCUAUGGCGGCACUUGGCGUAUCGCCAUUCUUUGCCUGAAAUUUUCGAAGAUGGGGAUGAACCUUUGCCUCAUUUCCAGGAUGAUGAUAGUGACCUAGAGUGUGAGCUAGAAGCAUUUCCCCCUGUAAGUGUGGAAUGUGCAUCAGAGGCUGCUGCAUGUGUGAAGGUAAUGAUUGCUUCUCGUACACUGAGUGAAUCUGCCCCUAGUAGCUCAACAAUAGAGGCUCCAUUGACUAUAAAUGUUCCAGUUUGCCAUUCAUCUAGAACUCCUAUUGAAAAUUCACAACCCUCUAAUUUGAUGCAAGGGACAAGCAUUAUUUUUCCAGUUACCGUUCAGAGACAGACACUGCCAACUAUAUCAUUGACAGAUGGUAUAGAAACCAAGGGAAUAGUUGGUGGUAACAUGGCUUCCAAAAGAAAAAGAAAGGCAUGGUCAGAAGAAGAGGACAUGCAGCUACGAGCUGCUGUUCAAAGAUGGGGUGAAGGGAAUUGGGCAACCAUGGCAAAAGGAGACGACUUUCCUAUUAAGAGAAGUGCUACACAGUUGGCUCAGAGGUGGAGCAUUUUACGAAAGAAAGAUGGUUGUACAAAUACAGGAACCAUAACCAGCACACAGUAUACUACUGCUGAACAGCUGGCAACUCGACACUCUUUAUCUUUAGCCCUUGAUAUGCCAUUCAAAAAGUUAACUGCUCCUGGAAUGACUGAUGUUAAGCCAUCCACAUCAGUUAAAAAUCAAGCGCAGAUUAGAAAUACUACAGAGAAGGUAUCCAGUAGUUUAGUACCACCUCAACAGCCAUCUCAACAAGCUUUGUUGGGAUCCUCUGAUUUGCAUGCAAAAUCCAAAUUAGCAGAUGAAAAACCAGUCUUGAAGGGUAAUCUAAUUUCAGAUCAUGUGGUAAAAUCUGCCACAGCAACUUUGGGGACACGAGUUGAUCCCCUUUCAAAUACUAUAUCACAAAUUAAAGUUGCUCAAGUAAAAAAUGCUACAGAUACCAAGCCAGCAGUUAGCUCUUUGACAAAACCAUCCAUUUAUACCAAUUUGCCUUCUGACCCAAAGAACAAACAUGCUACCUCUUUGGCUGAUAAAGGUGCUCAAGUAAAACAUGCCGUGGAUACUAAGCCUGCUGUUAGCUCUUUGAUAAAGCCAUCCAUUUCUACCAAUUUGCCUUCUGACCCAAAGAACAAACAUGUUACCCCUUUGGCUGAUAAAGUUCCAUUGAAGCAAGUUGUUAAUCCCACAAAAGAGUUAAAAGUUUCUGAUCCCAGCACCACACCAAAAGAGAAGGUACAAGAAAAUGAGCCUCCUAAAGUUACCACUGGAAGCCAGGUUGAUAGCAGCCUAGAGAAGGGGAGAUUUGAAAAAGGUCAAGAGACGAGCACACCUCUUGUUAAAAUUAGUUGUGGUGAGGAAGUUUCAAAAGAUAAAGCAAAUCCAGUAGUAGUGUGUGAAGAGCAAGGAAGUGUUAAGAAGGCUACUGAGAAUAACAACAUUGACAAGGGGAGUCAAAAUUUAGAUCAUGACAAGAAGAUAGAUUCUAUUAAUCAAAGUUCAAAUGAUCAAAACGCGAAUGAUAAACAUGUAAAUUUGCCAGUACAAGACGAACUCAGCCUAAGUGCCAAGGUAGUAAAAAGUGAUGGGGAAUGUUGAGUGAUUAGUUUGUGAAGAUGAGUAGAUUAUUUUAUUGAAUUCUAACUUAAAGUUUGGAUGAAAUUUUACGUUAUUUUAGGAAUUUGUAGCACAUUAAUGUGUUGUAAUAUUUUCUUAAAUUCUUCUUUAGUGGUAAAUAUAUUUUGAUGACUUGCAAAUUUCUAUAA